ACAAGAGGUGCUCUGGCUCCGAGCAGCUUCUCUCCGACACUCCGGAUCCUCCGAGGGGAAAGUAGACGCGACUCGCUUCCUCCCCCGCCCUCGGUGACACAUCGCCCCGGGCAUCCCUCAUCCCUCAUCCCUCUGCGGCGAUGGCGAAGAAGGGCUCGUCCAGAAAGUCCCUGAAAAGUUUGUUCUCCCGGAGCGAAGCCCACCUGGACCGGUCGGCGGAGAGGGACGCGAACAAAGGCGAGGGCGAGAAGAAAAGGUUCAAGCUCUUCCACUUCAAGAGGAAGUCGAGGGGCGAGAGCCUGGAGUCGCUCGGUGCUGCUGAGGCCAACAACACUGCCGAGGACGGAGAGGCCUGGGCGGACAACAUUGUCCCGGACAGCAAGAGGCCUUCUCGCUAUGCCACCGCACCCAGGUCAAAGGGCAAAGAAUUCAGCUACUCGGAGUUGGACCUUCGUAAGCCCAAAAGGUUUGCCACCUUUUCCUUUGGCCUCCGAAAGAGGAAGAAGAAGGAUGAAGAGAAUAUCUCCAAGAGCACUUUUGGCCUCCAUAGCUCCGUCAUCGAUGAGGACGGGGAGACCACUCUGGACCUCAGUCAGGUGGAGUUGGACCAGGGCAACGUGAAGACGAUGUUCAGUAUGUCUCAACCGGAACUUGACACCUGCCAAAAGUUCGACAUCCCUUCUCCUCCCCCUGCGGCCACCAACCAAUCAGAAUCCCACCUCACCGUCCCUGACCAAUCACGGCCGCUCGUCACCGUGAACACGCAGCCAGAAUCCCAGGGGCGCCCGAAAGGCUCCGAUCUCGCGGACGUGCACUGGGACGUGCCCGAAGCACCCAUUGCUUCCAUCCCCGAGCUCCGGCUGGAUGACGAAGAAGUGGGCAUUCCUGUUUACAAUAAAUCGACCAGACGUGAAUCACCUGCUCCUUUGACUCACGGGGAAAGCGUCCCGGUCGCUGAUACCCAGGCUGCACCUGGCCUUCCAGCCCGCCAGCCUCCGGGCGCGCACAAUGCGGCGGCGGAUGAGUCAGCGCGCGCAAGCCCCGGCCCUCGCGAUAACGAUAUCCUCCAGCAGUCUCGCACGAUAACAGAAACCCCUCCUCCAGAAUCCACCGGUGUCCCAGUAUCAUAUCAUCGACCCGAGGCCCCCGACGGAGCCGACACUGCGACUCCGGGUGGCGAACGCUCCCCGGCGAGUGUUUACUCCAAAGCCGACGCCUCGAUUACAGAGUCCAGCCCCGCUCCCCCCAAACACAAUGACAUCUCUGCUCCGAGCGCGCGUUCGGCCGCCAUCAUCAGUGACGCCGCCCCGAUUCCUCGCGUCGAGAGCUCCCUUCCUGAAGCUGCCCAAAGGGCCGCCAGCCCGGCUGGUAGCAGUGAAAGGCGUCCUCGUCCUUACAGUCAGAACGUGCUUUAUGGAGCGCUGUAUGACUCACUCUUCCCUCAGAGUUUUACCUCUGAGGUGAUGUCAUCCCUCCCGAACCCCCCACCUCCGAUCCACACGGAGAGGAGACGCCUGACAUCUACCAAAUCGGAGCCUGUCAUGGUUAAGACCCGCGACGAGUGUCACACGGAGACCAAUGUGACAUACUCUCGCCCGUCGUCUACGCGUGACCCUGCCGCUCGCAGGGCGCAGGAUGCAGAGGGCCGGCCCGCCGCCGACUCCAAGGCAGAUGCGUCAAGCGAGAGCUCAGGUUUUUCCUUUUCCCAAAGUUCUGCCGCCGCUGAUUAUCAGCCAGACGCAGACAUCCGCCACAGAUAUCGCUCGUCCUCGCCGCGUUCAACUUCUGGACCAGUAGGUGAAGACAGUCCCUAUUCGGAGCUGACCCGCUCCCUUCCAGAGGUGAAAUCAGACCGUUGUAGCCUCGUCCGUGACGCCGUCCCUGUGGUUCAAAACUCUGCCCCUCCCGCUUCUGACUGUGUCACAUCCCCAGGGCCAGAGACUCGGGUUACCGACUGCAAACCGAGAGUGAUCCUGGUCAAAGAGACAGUCACUGACGAGGCGAGCGCCGACUCCGGCUGUCCCGCUCCUGUCCCGGACAAAAUGAGCGCAGUCGACGGCCUCGAGAUACAAAUUGGAGCAACGGAGAGCUUUUAUGCCGCCUCCGGUUCCGGAACGACGGAGGGGAGCGACGGCCUUUUGAGCCCGGCGUAUCUGAGCGUCGGAUCGGACGAUGGCAGCGCCAUGGAGGUCUACUACAGCGCCGAAGAGAACGGCGCAGAGGAGAGCGGGGACGAGGAGAUGUACACGAUGUACGAAAGGGAAGACGUCCGCGCGGCGGGCGGUGCGCACGAGAUGGACUGGGGGGAGACCGCAGAUAGGGGAGGGAGCAAGAGAGACGGGGGAGACUUUAGGGUGGUCACUGUUCAGAUGCGGAAUGAGGGCGGCAACACGGGCGACGACGAAGACAAAGAGGAGGACCUCAGCGGCCAAACUGGAGCGCAGCAGCGGCCGGGAGGUCAGGCGGAAGAAGCUCCGGCGCGCGAGGAUCUUGUCAGCGAUGAUGCAAGCAGGCAUGAGAGAGAAUCGGCAGCCGCAGCGUUGCCACAGAUUACAGAGGAGGAGGAGGGGGAGGAGGAGGAGGAGGAGGAGGUGGGGGGGAGAAAGGAGCAGGUACUGGCCACACCGGUUCAGCUGGUGAACACGGUGAUGGUAUGCGAGGUUGCUCCACCCUCCGGUGAGCCGCAUGUGCAGGGGGAGUGGUCGGAGGGAAACCGGACCAGGCACUCGGAAACAGAAGACCCCCUUGGUGGAGACAAACAACUCCCAGGCCAGGGGAUACGAUAUCCGGCUCACAAAGACGACAGGAGUUCUCAGCAUACACGCGCCGCAGCGGAGACGGUUUCUCCGUCGGCAGACAACCGAGAGACAGAAGACAGCAUAGAAACCAGCGGAGCUGCCGUCGGGGAGACUCCAGCUGGAGCCGCCGCCGUCGUCACGGGCGACUCGACGCGCGGCGCCGUGCUGCAAUCAGAUGCCACGGAGGCCGAACACAAUAGGAGCCUGCAGAGCAGCGAGUGGGCGGGUACGAUUACCGAGAGCGCCGGAGGGGAAAAGAGGACGGCGCGCGAACAGGCGGCAGUCGAGCUGUCAGCGCCGACUGCGGACGCACACCGCCCUGACACCGAACCCGCCGAGUCGCGCGGCGAGAGAGGCGAGCGCGCGGCAGAAGAGCGGCCCGACCUGAAUCCGGGGUCCGACGCGGCAACUUCCGAAGUCUUGGCUCCCGAAAGUCAGCAGACGAGAGCCGACCAGGAGUCGGUGAGCAGAAUGACUUCCAGGUACAGCGGCCUGAGCACAAAGCUGACCGCACAGCUCUCCUCCGGCCCGAGAGAGGACGAAUCCGAACUGCGCUUCCACAACGCGACCGCUGAGGCGGGCGGCCUCGGCGCGGACACGGCGGACUCCGGCGGCAGGAGCGCGACGCUGACCGGUUCCAACGGAGCCGAUUUUGGCUCCGAGCACAGUUGGAGGAACAGAUUUGAGGGGGUUACUCAGUACAGGCCGUACGUGCAAGAGGACUCCCUCACUUACAGAACGCCUGACUCCUACCCCUCCUCGCCCUCCUCCUCCUCCGCCCUACCCGAGGCCGCCGCGUACAGAUGGUCCUCCUCCUGCCCCUCUUCAGAGGAACACCUCGCCCUCGGCCACAGGCUCGGCGACGAGGCCAAUGUUCACGAGAGCGAGCCAGCGCCGAGGGAUGAGUGGAGGAGGAGCAGCCCGGUGCAGCGGGAGGAGCCUGCUGCACCUGCAGGUGAAAGAGAGCGACGGAGGGAGGGCGAGGCAGAGAGGUUAGAGGCACGCUGGGACGCACAGCAGCUCCCUGUGUCCGGCUUCCCCUCCACACUUCAGACCAGCCACGCCGACGCCUUCACAGGAGACUACGGCGGCGGCGGCGGCGGCGACGACGACGACGACGACGACUCCUACCCGUUCACCGGACUGUUCAAGGCCACGCUUGUGGAGCUGGUCUGCGAGCCCGCGGCUCCCCCGUACACCCCCCCUGCCUCCCCCGACGCGGACUCCUCCAGCCAGUUCGACAUGGACAACCUGGUGGACACCCUGAAGAGCAUGGGGCCGUCCCUGAGGCCCAGUCCCAUGGCCGCCCGCGGGCCUCCGCAGGUCCUCGUCUCCUCCCUGCCGCCCAUUGUCGAGGACUCCCCCAGCCCCGUCACCCCCGACUUCCCCGCCUCCCUCAGCAGUCCCCCAAAAAAGAUGGAACCAGCGGGCACCGAGGCGCUGAACGGGAUGUACGCUCUGCCUCCCGACCUGGGACUGAGGAGGAACUCCCCCAGAGACACUCGAUCACCGCUGGAGAUGAUGAAGCUGGGCCAGCAGGACCAGCAGACACAGCCGGGAGCAAGAGGCCUGAACUUGCCCCUGAGAGCGUCGGCCGCCAACAGCAUUGUGAUGAGAAAAUCCUCUGACUCCUCCCCCGAGGACCUGGCGUCCCCGGUGGCGAACGGCAACGGAAUGCUUCCGACCGGCUCGCGUCUGGACAACAGCGUCAUCUUCAAGAGCUACAGGUCGUCGUCCAUCGAUCAGACGGCGGAGAACGGAACGGCCCACCGGCCGCUCUUCCGCACCAACUCGCUGCCCGAUGCGGGGCCGCCGAUCGACCGCCCGAGCGGCGCCGGACCGAAGGAGUUCGGGGACCCGGCGGCGUCCCGCUUUGAGCGCUUCCCCUUCCUCGCGAACUCCACCUCCCCGUCCUUGUCAGGCUCCUUGACCGGAGCCGAGGACCCCAGUUUUCGGUUGACUCGGCCCGCGGCGCUCAGCUUCGGCGCGCCGCCUUCCAGCGACAGUCCCACCCGCCUCCUCAGCCCCACCAGCUCCAUAGACCAUCACAGGCCGUUCACCACCACAGACUCCCCCUUCUCUUCGUUCAGCCCGUCACUGGGGAUGGGGAUGGGGAUGGGGAUGGGUGCAGGCGCUGGGACGCAGGGCCCUCCCAUCCUGCAGAGGAGCUUCAGCAGCGAGGGCUCCGUGGGGGUCCAGCACACUUCACUGUUCAACAGCUUUCAUGGAAGCUCCCUGCAGCAGAGCAAAGAGCCGGAGCCUGACAAGGGCCUGGUCACAAAAUACAGAGCCUUCCCUGAUGCCUAUCUCACUAAAGAGAAGGAGCACGGGAAGCUCAAUCCUCGUCCCGGCAAGAUGUACAUCUUCGACCAGCCGGGCAUGUGCGGCCAGAGGUUCGAGGUGCGCAGCGACGUGGUCGACGCCACGUCCUGGGAGCUACAGGAGACCAUCUCCAUCAGGGUCGUCAGAGGAGGAUGGGUGCUGUACGAGAAGCCCAACUUCAAAGGGGAGAAAUUUGCCCUGGACGAGGGCGACAUCGAGCUCACCAACCCCUUCAGCCCUCCGGAGGAGGAGGAGGAGGAGGAGGUGAACGGACAGAGGGAGGCCGGAGAGCAGAACGGAGACCCGGGCGACGAGCGGACAGAGAGCGCGCCGGCCAGGAGGUUCAUCGUCGGAUCUCUGCGGAGAGCCGUCCGGGACUACAGCGUCCCCGAGAUCAGUCUGUUCCCGGAGGAAAACGCCGAGGGGAAGAAGGUCGUCUUCAGAGACACUUCUGACGACGCCCGGAUUUUCGGCUUCCCCGUUAAGGCCACCUCCAUCAUCAUCAACGCUGGGCUAUGGCUCGUGUACGCACAGCCCUUCUUCCAGGGUGUACCGCGUGUCCUGGAGGUGGGGGGGUACUCCAACCCUGCAGCCUGGGGCGUAGAACAGCCCUAUGUGGGGUCUUUGCAUCCGCUCAAAGUAGGGGAGCCAAGAGUGGAAAAUACGAGUGAACCCAAGCUGGUGAUCCACGACAAGCCGUACUUCUGCGGGAAGUCGAGGACCAUAACCGCCAACAUGAGAGACUUCAUGACCAGAACGGACCAGCAGCAGGCGACCUUCAUGUACAAUGUGGGCUCCCUCAAAGUGCAGGGAGGAAUCUGGGUGGGCUAUGAGAAGGAGGGGUUCAGAGGCCACCAGUACCUGCUGGAGGAGGGAGACUACCAGGACUGGAGGGUGUGGGGCGGCCGUGAUGCUGAGCUGCGCUCCGUGCGGUUGAUACGAGCAGACCUGUCAGACCCCCUGAUGGUGAUGUUCGAACAGCCAGAAGAAGAGCAGGAGGCCAUGCCGGAGGAGAACACCUUCGAGGUGACGGAGGCCAUACCCGACGUGGAGCUGUUUGGCUACAAGACGUCCACGCGCUCCAUCCACGUACUCAGCGGGGCUUGGGUGGCCUACUCUCACGUGGACUUCUCUGGGAACCAGUACAUCUUAGAGAAAGGCUUCUACAAUAACUCGGCCGACUGGGGCUCACUGGACACUCGCAUCUGCUCAGUGCAGCCCAUCCUCCUGGCUCCGUGCGACAACUCCAGGACCAGGAAUGAGAUCGUUCUGUACUCUGAACCCGAUUUCCAGGGACAGUGUCACCUCUUCGACCGCAACCAGGAAGCGGUGUCCGAAAGAUUUCUGACCAAGUCCUGCCGAGUUGCGGGUGGAAGCUGGGUGCUCUACGACAAUAAACAGUACUCUGGGAGCAUGUACGUCCUACAUGAGGGAGACUACCCCAACCUGACGAGCAUGGGAUGCCCCGCCGCCUACGCCGUCCGCUCUGUCAAGGCCGUGCCGACGGCGUUCGCGGUUCCCUCGCUGUCGCUGUUCGGCCUCGAGUGUCUGGAGGGCAGAGAGAUCACCACGGAGACGGAGAUCCUCAGCAUGGCCGGCGAGGGCUUCAACAACCACUUCCUGUCCGUCAGGGUCAACAGCGGCUGCUGGGUGAUAUGUGAAUACAGCAACUACAGGGGGCGCCAGUUCUUCCUGGAACCCAUCGAGAUCACCAACUGGCCGAAGUUCAGCUCGCUGCAUACUAUCGGCUCGGUGUAUCCGGUCAAACAGGGGCACCGGGUUUUCCGCGUCAAGAACCAAGAGAGCGGCCUGUUCCUGUGCGUCCAGGGCGGAGUGGAGGAGAUGAAGUCGGGGCGAGUGGUGGUGGCGGCGGAGGCGGAGCCGAUGAGCGACAUGUGGUUCUACCAGGACGGCCUCGUCAAGAGCAAGCUGUCCCAAACCAUGAGUCUUCAGGUGAUGGGCAACAUCGAGCCGGCAGCCAAGGUGGUUUUGUGGACAGAGACCCGGCAGCCGAUCCAGACCUGGAAGACCCAGAUGAGAGGCCUCAUCACCAGCCUUACUUUCUCCGGCAUGGUCCUGGAUGUCAAAGGGGGCAAAACGUACGACAAGGACCACGUGGUGAUAAUGCCCGAGAACGACGAGAGGCCGAGCCAACAGUGGGAGAUAGAGUUUGUCUAAUAAAACCCUUGUUCUUCGUUCUUUCCCCUAAGCAGUGCGUCCACAGUGCCUUUUUUUUUUAAAUUUCCAAAAAUAUUCCCCUUUGCAUUCCGGGAAGUGGGACUCGACCGCUGUCGCCGUCGUUAUGAUUCUUUGAUUUUUUUUUUUUCCCGCCCCAUCGGAACUCCGCGACCCACGGCCACUCGUGUGAACUCCCUGACGAGGCCGCUGCGCGCUGCAGGUGAACGCUUUGCAAAGUCAGAUAAGCAUUUUUAAUUCUUUCGUUUAUUAUUCUGUGCCUUGACCUGUUGCCUGCACCAGGAAUGAAAAAGCCCAACUGAAUGUAUUUUCUGAGGCCGCGUUGAGCUGCUGCACAGCAAAAACCCUCGUAUCCAGAUGUAUUCCACGGACUCUCUCUCUGAUCCCAAUCUGAUCAUUUGUUUACGAUAUGAGUAUCCACACUUUGAAUCUCCGUGUUUGUGAGAUCGAAGGCUCAUGCAAAUUUCCCGACAGUAGACGCACGGGUUGUCGACACCUUCACACUGUGUUGACGAUAUGGGGAAAGCGAGUUUGAAUAAUUCAUUCAGGACACUGUUUUCCGAUCUAACGCUGCAAGCAGCUCGUGACAGACUAAGGCCAAAAGAGUGCGCGGCAUUGUAAGAAGUGUAUUUUGUGCUUUUUAAAGAUAUUUUUAUAUGCUGUGUAUGUAUCUGUCUGUCUUGUGGGAAAUGUUAUGUAUACAUAGAGUAUAUCCAAAAAAUGAGCCGCGUGUGUCCAGUUUCUGCUAAGUUACUCUAUUUCUUUUUGUUUUUUGUCGAAAAUCUCUGUUGCCGCAGCAGCUGUAUGUUAAUACUUGGAGGGGACGAUAUAAUGUAAUAUUAAAGGGAGUGGUUUUAAAAUGUUGAAAAAAUAAAUAAAUGUUCUUAAAUAAAGCACAUUUGUACCAUGUUUUCAA